AUGCUCGGAAGUGCUGAGAAUAGCUCAGUCGCUGGCGGAGACAGCGACGAUGACUUCGACUGGGAGGAAGUCAUUGUUCCCCAAGCGGACCAGCCGGAAGACCAUGCGCAACCUCUUGAGUCGGCCUUGGACAGAGCCAGCGAUACCCAGGACCUGCAGGAAGGCCCGUCGGAGAGGCCUAACAUAGAGAUAACCAUACAAACGCACAGACGAGGGAAAAAGGAUAGUCCAAAGUGCGUCUCCCUCGCCUUGGUUCUACGUUUGGCGACUAAGUUUGAGGGCGGUAGGAAGAAUCCCAGAGCGGAGCAGAUACAGGCUGAACGCCUCGCCAGGCUGAUGUGCCACCAGAUACACACGGUUGCUCUGCUUGCUAAUGCGCGAAUCAGGAACAAGUGGAUCAAUGAUCCGCUUCUGCACGCUAGGCUCAUGUCUCUCACACCUUUACACCUUCAGAAUGCAUUUUCUUCUAUCACUAGGACUCGAUAUCCCGAAGCUGCUCAGCGCGGGCGCAUGUUUGAGUCUGCUGUCGUCCGGCUUGCGGAGUGGUGGGGUCAAAACUUCAGGGUCGACCGUACAGGUCAUAUCCGUAGUAGGACGUUCGACGAGGUCCAGAAGAAGAUCACCGUGGACAAGAAGGGAAAGGGAAAGGCGCGUGCGCUAGCAGACGACCUCGACGACGACGAUAUGGAGGGCGAGAUGAUUCGGAGCGAGAAGAGUCUGAUGAAGCAUGCCCUCAUGAUGCGUGGCUCGAGGGAUACCAGUGCCCAGCUGUUCACCGCUUUGUGUAGAGCACUGGGAAUACCCACGCGAUUGGUCGUCAGUCUUCAGAGCGUGCCGUGGCAGGCGAGUGUCGGCAAACCAAAACCCACGACCAAGAAGUCAAAAAAGAAGGCUGAAGCGGAGGAAGGUGCAAGAAGUGAUGAAGACGACGACAUGGAAAUGGAAGAAGUACAGAUUCCUGACCUCCCGUCUGCCACUGCGGCGGCGAAGGGCAAGGGGAAAGAAGUGCUCGCUGGAACAAGCCAACGCAUCGGCAGCGAGCAGCCGCAAGUGAACGGGGCGGACAAAGGCAAGCAGAAGGCGCCGCCUGUGAUCAAACUGAGGCAAUCGAGAGGUCGCAAGUGGGGUAACGUGCCAACUGAACAGCCUAGACGAAGAGAACGAACGCCUAACCCCACAACGACGGCACCAGUCUUCUGGGCGGAAGUGUUCUCUCGUGCAGACGCUCGAUGGCUCUCAGUCGACCCCGUCCGAUGCAUCGUCAACAAGCGCAAGGCAUUUGAUCCUACACCAAAUCCCAAUGCCGUGACGAAACCCGACCGGAGCCGGCCGGUUAAGGUCGAGAACCGGAUGGUAUACGUUGUCGCCUUUGAGGAAGACAGUUAUGGUCGGGAUGUGACGCCCCGCUAUGCCAGGGAAUUCGGCGCGAAGGUGUCCAAGAUGCAGCAAGGUGGCAAGGGCAGGAAAGAAUGGUGGGAGCGUAUUAUAGGACUGGUCAAGCGUCCAUAUCGACUGCAUAGGGAUGACUUAGAGGAUGAGGAGCUCACAACAAACCAGCUGACCGAAGCAAUGCCGACCUCUAUGGCAGGGUUCAAGAAUCAUCCUCUCUAUGUGCUGGAACGCCAUCUCAAAAGGGACGAAGUGAUCCACCCUCCCGUCGAGCUGGGCAAAUUCCGUGGGGAGCCGGUAUAUCCACGAUCUUCUGUGGUCGCUCUUAAAACCGCAGAGAACUGGAUGCGGCAGGGCAGGAACGUGCGCGAAGGCGCUCAGCCGAUGAAGUGGGUGAAGCAGCGCGCGAUGACCGUGAACAAACAGCGAGCAAUCGAAAUGGCUCUCAUGGAAGGCAAGAGCAGAGCGGGCGAGCAAGGCGAAGGGGACGGCUUCGCGGGCGAGGACGCGGCGAUGCAGGCACUGUACGCCGAGAACCAGACUGAGCUCUACAAGCCUAAUCCGAUCAUUAAUGGUAAAGUACCAAAGAACGACUUCGGUAAUAUCGAUCUCUAUGUUCCCUCAAUGCUGCCUGCAGGUGCCGUCCACAUCCCCUAUAAAGGCACGGCGAAGGUCGCGCGCCAGCUCGGUUUUGACUUUGCAGAAGCUGUGACGGGUUUCGAAUUCAAGAAGCGGAGGGCCUUUCCCGUCGUCACCGGCAUCGUCGUCGCCGCCGAAAACGAAGAAGCUGUGCUCGAUAGUACUAAUCGCUUCCCGUCGAAGGCGUAUUGGGAAGCGGAACAUGAUGCGGAGGAGAAAAGACGCGCGAAGCGGGAGGAGCAGGUGAUCAAGCGCUGGACGAAGCUUGUUCACGGUCUGCGAAUCCGACAACGCCUUCAAGAGCAGUAUGCGGGCGGCGAACAGCGCGAAGGCUCCCCUUCCGGCGCUAAUGAGGAGGACGUGCAGGGACAAGGGGGGUUCCUCACGGCUGCGGACGAUGUCGUCCAACCGUACACACUUCCGAGGAACUUCCACGAGGUGUUGCCUACAUCAACUACGAUCUCACUUGCACCAUUGAACAAGCAGGACGAUACCAGCUCUACUCUCGAUGCCAUCGAAAGUCGUGGUCAUGAUGAGGAGCACAAAAUAGUGGGAGAGACUGGGAGCGAGAGUGACGAAGACAAGGAUAUGGAACAGGUAGUGGCAUUGGCACUUCCAGGCCAAUCUGUCCCGCUGCCCAAGACCAUGCUGGAACUCGCUGAAGCAGCGGCGCGGCAGCGGGAUGAGCUCUCAGAGCAGGAGCGACGAAUUCCCGCCUCGCCUGCACCAGAGUCGUCCCAAGUUCAGACGAGGACAGCGAGAGCAAACGGCUCGGGCGCACGAUCGACGCCCACUGGCACACAUACACCCAAACCAUUUACGAAGACAAGAUCAGCACGAGGCUCCGACAAACGCCGGACGCGGAAGCGCACGCGAGAUGACGCGCAGAGCGCAAGCGCCGGGUCAGACGUCGAGCCGGCGACUUCGACGAAGGCAUCCCCAGCAAAGCGCGCGAGGAAGACAGUUGCGCCGGUGCCAGCGUCUGAUAGGGUCCUAAGGACACACACAACGAAGAGCGCCAGCAAGGUGCAGGAGGAGCGCGAGAUGGAGGAGGCUUUCAGGGAAGCCAUCACGGAAUAG